AUGAGCUCUGCAGCAGCAGCAGCAACACCAACACCAGCAGCAGCAGAGCAGCCACACGGCAGCAGCGCCAUUGAUAUCGAUGCAGCAGCAGCAGGGAAUGCAGCAGCAAAUGCAGCAGCAACAGAUGCAGCAGCAGCAGCAGCAGCUGGUCCUGCUGCUGCGCUUGCGGCGCAGGAGCAUGCUGCUGAGGGCAUCGCCGCAGAUGGGGCCUCUUCUGCCGCUGCUGCAGCAGUUGCUGCAGCCUCACCAGCUGCAACAACAGCAACAGCAACAGCAGCAAGAGCAGCAGCAGCAGCAGCAGCAGCAAAAGGUGAACCCGAACUUGGUUCUUUUCCAUCAGCUGUUGUUAUUUCGGGAAAAGAAAAUAAAAUAAAAAGAAACACAAAAGUAGUAAGACGUGCAAACAAAGUGGCCCCUACACCCACAGCAGCAGCAGCAGCAGCAGCAGCAGCAGAAGAAGCAGCAGAAGAGCGUGCGACAGCAGAACCAGCGACACCUGCAGCAGCAGAAGCACCAGGGGCGAAGCCAGAUGUCGAAAGCAAAGCAGCAGCAGCAGCAGCGCCAGUAUUGGUCGCAGCACAAGCAGCAGCAACAGACACAGCAGCAGCAGCAACAGCAACAGCAGCAGCCGCAGCACGGCCGCAGAGGAAGCGCUGCAAGGUGGGGGCAAAACCCGGGGGGCCCCCAGGGGAGCAGCAGGGGGCCCUCAGGGGCCCUCCUCUUUGUGUCUGCAGCAAAAGAGCCCUGGAUUUCUUCAGCUGCUGCUGCUCUGCUGCAGCAGCAGCAAGUCAGCAGCAGCAACAGCAGCAGCAGCAGCAGCACGAUUGCGAGCCCCUCACGGACAUUCACUUGUCAUUAGCUGCAUGGCGUUUGGCCCACAAAGCUCUGCAGUGCUGCUGCAGAAGCAGCAGCAGCUGCUGCUGCAGCAACAGCAGCAGCAGCAGCAGCAGCAGCAGCAAGAACAACAGCAGCAGCACAGCGAGCGUACCGGAGUCACUUCCACGCCGUCUUUUGGCUGUUGCAGUACCGCCAGCUGUAGCAGCAAGAGCUGCUGCUGCUGCUGCUCUUUACCUGCAGCAGCAGCAGCAGCAGCAGCAGCAAUGCUUGGCUGUGUCUGCUGCAUCACUAGCAGCUUGCGAGGCGCCGGCGCAGCACGCCAAAUCGGUUGACUUUCCCACUGCUGCUGCUGCUGCUGCUGCGACCUCAACAGCAGCAGCAGCAGCAGCAGCAACAGCAGCAGCAGGUAGUAUCUUUCCCCCUGUGUGGGUUGUGUGUGAGGAGGAGCAGCAAGCACAAGCUGUUGCCGCCAUGCUGCAGCAUUUUCUUGAGCCCUGCAGCAGCCAGCAGCAGCAACAGCAGCAGCAGCAGCAGCAGCAGCAGAGGCCGUCGGGAACUGUUUGCUGCACCACGGCUUUUGCUUCGAACAUUCGCGAGAGGAAGCAGCUAGCAGCAAGAAUGAAAAAAAGAGCAGCAGCAGUAUUUACAGCAGCAGCAUUUUCUGCUGUUGCAGCAGCAGAGAGACGCGACAAACAGCAGCAGCAGCAGCAGCAGCAGCAACAGCAGCAAACUGAUGGAGCUGGCCCACACUCAGUAGAAAAUGAACCUCCCUCCCCUCCUCCUAAGCAGCAGCAGCAGCAGCAGCAGCAAAAGCAGCAGCAGCUCUUAAUGGUCGAGGGCUGCUGUUUGCUGUUGGUGCUUGAAGCCCCAAAACUUCUCUUAGACCCUAAAGUUGCAGAGGCAAUAGCCGUCUUUAGCAGCAGCAGCAGCAGCAACAGCAGCAGCAGCAGCAGCGACAGCAGCACAGCACGCUGUAUUGUGUGCUGCAGCAGCUUCUUGGCUGCCUCUUUGGAGCAGCUGCAGCACUGGCAGCAUUUAGCGCAGGCAGCAGAGGUGCUGCUUCCUGCUGCACCUGACCCAGCAGCAGCAGCAGCAACAGCAGCAACAUCUGCUGAGGUAGGGGAGCUGCAGCGCCUUCGCCGCAACAAGGCAGUUGGAAGCUCUUUGCUGCUGCUGCUGCUGCAGCAGCAGCAAAGCCGCUGCGCGUCCCUGUACGACUUGCGGCUUCUGCAGCAGCUUGAGCAGCAACAGGUUGAACAGCAGCAGCUUGAACAGCAGCAGCAGCAGCAGCAUAGUGUUGCGGCUGCAGCACCAGCAGAAGCAACGUCAGCAACGGAAGGCGAUAUUAAGGACAAGAAGCAGCAAGAGCAGCAUCCACAGCCCUUUGCUGCUGCUGCUGCUGCUGCUGCUGCAGCAAAAGGAAGGUCGACUGCAGCACAGAGGCAGCUGCUGGCUUCAGACAGCCCCGCGGUGCUGAGUGUCGACAGCAGCAGCAGCAGCAGCAGCAGCAGCAGCGAGGAUGAGAAGCAGCAGCACAAGCCAAGCACCCCUAAGGUUUCUCCCCCAGGGUUGACUGGCCGUCUGAGGCGCUGCAGCAGCAGCAGCAGCAGCAGGAAAAGCCGCAGCAGCAGCUUCGCGCGUGUGCUGCUUUCACCAGCAGCACCAGAAACAGCAGCAGCAGCAGCAGCAGCAGCAGGGAUCAGCAGCUCUUUGCGCCGCUACCGACGGCUUCUCGAGGCCUUCAGUGCUGCGCUGCUCGCAUGCACUUCUGGUUUACGGCAGCAGGGGCUGCUGCUGACGAGACUCAAGCCGCAAGUGCUGCUGCUGCUGCAGCGGCAGCAGCAGCAGCAGCAGCAGCAGGUUGUUCGGUGUCUUGGCGUGCCGGAAGCAGCAAUCACUAAGAGGGAUGUGCAGGCAGCAAGAACAGCUAUUCACGAAGCAGAGAAGCAGCAGCAGCAGCAGAGACGGCAGCAACCGCAACGGUCUUUGCUGCAGCGCAGCAGCAGCAGCAGCAGCAGUCUGCAGCAGCAGGCUUUGGUUGCGGAGUGCCGCUUUGCUAUGAUGCUGCUGGAAGCAAGAGAGCAGCUGCAGCGGGAGGGGCCCCAGGGGGCCCUCGAGUAUUUGGAAUCCCACAUAAACCCCAGCAGCAGCAGCAGCAGCAGCAGCAGCAGCGGCAGCAGCAUCGCGGAAAGCAUGCAGAGCCACAUGCGCAGCAGAGAGGCGCAGCAGCUGCUGGCUGCUGCGCGAGCUGCAGCAGCAACUGCUGCUGCUCGCAUGCAAUUAGCAGCAAAAAAGAGAGACCUCUCCUUUGGCCCUCUAAUGGAAAUGGUGUUCGUUUUGCUGCAGCUCUUCUACCGCCACUACAGCAGCAGCAGCAGCAGCAGCCUAAGCAGCAACGGCAGCAGCAGCAGCUGUUUUGAGUCUGUCAUUGAGUGUGGGGCACUGCUGCUGACGGAGGGGCCGGAAGAAGCAGCAGCAGCUGCUGCUGCGCUCUCCAGUGCUGCUGCUGCUGAAUUUUCGAUUCUGCUGCUGCAGCCUGCUUCAGCAGACCUUGCUGUUGCUGCUGCUGCGGCUGGCAGCAGCUCUUCUCGAAAACGCCGUGCAGCAGCAGAUAGCGGAAGGGCCUCCAGCGCCGCAGGCAGCAGCAGCAGCAGCAGCAGCAGCACAGCUCGGGGGACUGUUUAUGUAGCAGACACUGCAACAGCAGCACGUGUUCUCUCCUCUUGCUGCCGCUUCCGGCUUGUGCUGCUGCUAUUUGCUGCUGCUGCUUCUGCUGCAGAUGCUGAGGAAUCAUCCCUGUGGAUUACACACAGAUUUUCUGCUGCAUGCGCCGGUGGCCUCUUUUUCAAGCAGCAGCAGCAGCAGCAGCAGCAGCAGCACGGAACGCCUUUAUCAGAAGCUCCACCCACGGGAGCGGCAGCAGCAGCAGCAAGUGCUGCUGCUUCCCCGGGAUCCAUAGGCCAUCCUGGGUCCUUGUCUGUCAGCAGCAGCAGCAGCAGCAUCAGCAGUAGCGGCACAGUGGCUGCAGCAGCAUCGCCGUUAGCUGCUGCUGCUGCUGCUGCCGCGCCGCUUACAUUUGAAGCUCUUAAAACUUCUGCUGCUCUUGGGGGCCCCAAUUCCAUUGUUGUCUUCGUGUCGGACCCAAAUAGGGGCACUCCAAAUGCUGCUGCUGCUGCUGCUGCUGAUGCUGGGGAGCAGCAGCUGCUAGGCGUGCUGCAGCAACUAGUCGAGUGUGGCGACAGCCCGGUGACUGCAAAAGGCGUGUCAGCAGCAGCAGCAGCAGCAGCAGAAGCUAGUAGCAGCACGAGCAACAGCGACGGCAGCUGCUGCAGCAGUGGGGGCAGCAACUGCAGUGGAGGCAUCAGCAGCAGCAGGAGCUGCUGCUGCUGCUGCUGCAGCUUUAGGAGCGAAGACUUUUUAAAACUUUAUGCAUCAACAGUGCUGCCCAGCGCCUUGGGGAGACUUAUUAUGAAGCCAGCAGCAGCAGCAGCAGACACAGCAGCAACAGAGGCGGGAGCAGCAGCAGCAGCAGCAGCUGCAGCAGCAGCGGCACAAACCGGGCAUUCAGUGGGUUGCCUGCUGCUGCCAGGACGGCAGGUGUUUCCGAUUGAAGAUAUUGCUGCUGCUGCAGCACACGCUGGCAAGACACUUACGAAGCAGCAGCAGCAGCAACAGCAGCAGCAACGGCAACAGCAAGAGCAGCAGCAGCAACAGGAACAGCACCAGAAGCAGCAGCAACAGCAGCCGCAGCAGGGACGUAAACGCUUGAAGCAUGGCUUAGUAGCAGAGUCUCCAUGCCCUCCAGCAGCAGAAACAGCAGCAGGAAUAGCAGCAGCAGCAACAGCAGCAGCAGCAACGGCUGCAGCAGCAACAGCUGCAGCAGCACCACCACCACCAGUGCCCGACACGGCGGAAGUUGCAGCGAAGGCAGGAGAUGUAGAUUAUGGCGAAGCUGCUGCCGCUGCUGCUGCUGCUGCUGCUGCUAGUGCAGCAGAAGGGAAGCAGAACUGCACUAGCACUUGCAGUUCAAGAAGCGACCCAGAUGCAGCAGCUGCAACAGCAACAGACUUCGGAGCUGCUGCUUCUGUUGCUGCUGCCGCUGCUGCUGCUGCUGCUGAUCCCAAUCAGCAGCUUUGCUGCCAAGUAAGUUCUUCGAAAGAUGGGCUUCAGGAAGCAGCAGCAGGGGCUGCUGCUGCUGCUGCGCCGAUCUGCGAUGCAGCAGCGGGAGUAGCAGCAGCAGCAACAACAGCCGCAAAAGCAGCAACAGCAACAGCAGCAGCACGAGCGGUAGUUUUAGCCUGCGGUGCAGGAGUUUCUGCAGCAGGAAACAGCGCAGCCAGUGAAUUAGAUAAUUCAGCUGCUGCUGCAGCAGCAGCAGCAGGUGCUGCGCCUGCUGCAGCUGCAGCUGCAGCUGCAGUUGCUGCUUCUGGGUGUAUCGACAGACGAGUGUGUGGGGUUGAUAGGCAGCCCGCAGAUACAGCAGCAGCAGCAGCAGAAGCAGCAGCAGCAGCAGAAGCAGCAGCAGUAGAACCAGCAGCAGCAGCAGCAACAGCAGACAUGAAAUGCACGCUGCAGCUGUGGCGGCUGCUGCCGAAGGACAAACACCCUCUGGCAAGAUUUUUCUGUUAG